CAGAGCCUCAGUGACUGAGAAAUAAUCAGCUGCACUUUUGAAGAAGCAGCAGAAUCACCUGGUUUCCUGAAGUCACGUGACGAGCUUCAGGUGGGAAAAGUUGGAAACCAACAACUACGAGCUUCAGUUGCGUGCGCGGAGAAAACAGGUGAUAAAUAUCGAGCUGCAAUUUAUUGCGAGAUUAAUAAAACAACAACUAGAAGACAGAAGGAUGCAGAAACGACCGAAGAAAUGCUUCGCGACCAUGGACGAGUACCUGGCCAGCCGGGCGCUCUACAGGAAGACGAUGGCGCGAGACGCGUCCAGUCUGUUCCGGGCCGUGUCCGAGCAGCUGUACCACUCUCAGAGCUAUCACCAGAAGAUCCGGCAGGACUGUGCCAACUUCAUUAGAGCCAACAGGUGCAAGUUUGAGCCGUUUGUUGAAGGGUCAUUUGACAAGUACCUGGAGCGUCUGGAGGACCCCAAGGAGACGGUGGGCCAGCUGGAGAUCAAAGCUCUGUCUCUGCUGUACAGGCUCCGCUUCGUGAUCUAUCUUUACCCGGGGCAACCACCCAAAGUGAUCACAGAGGAUGGCUUCACUGACAAGGUGAUCCUGUGUUGCUCCAACAGCGGCCACUACGACAUCGUGUAUCACAGGAGCUUCCUGACGUCCGCGGCGAUCUGCCAGUCUAUCUUGUACGAGCUGCUGUACACGCGUGUGUUUGGCGUGGACGAGGCCGAGCUCCACCAGGCCAUGGAUGCCUUCCAGGAUCGUCGCUAUAGAAACAGACUGUCAGCAAUCAGCCAUGGGGACAUGAGCUACGAGCUGCCUGAGGACCGCAGCCACAAGGAGGAGGCGGAGGCGGGCGGAGCAGGAGCCGCUGCCGAGGACAAGGCCAGAGCCGGGACCGACGACAGCAAGCCCCCUGCAGAGCCCUCCUCCUCCACACUGAUUCUGCCUUACAAAGUGCUGAAGUCUCUGGACACCAUUCUGUACCGAAACGUGGAGUUUGACGUCUGGCUCGACUCCUGCAAAGACGGGCUGGAGACAGACUACAUGGUGUUUGCAGCCAGGCAGUACUUCGUGGGAGACCAGUGUCAGGUGCGUCUGGAGCCCAAGGGGAAGUACUACAAGGCUUUAAUCGAGGAUGUAGGAACGCUGGCUGUCACAGUUUUCAUAGAGGAGCUGGGAGAGAAACAUUUUGUUCCUCUCACCAACGUGAAGCCGGUGAACCCGGUGAAUACGGUUCCGGCACGGAACAUCCCUGCUCUGAGUUGGAAAGGUGAUCUGGACUCGGAGUCUCGCGGCCAGCGUCGUCAUCGCCGCCGCUACUUCAGGAAGGCUCAAGGCGGCGGGGGGCUGUUGCCCCUGCCCUCAUCUUACGUCCAAGCCGCCCUGCCCCCCCUCUUCCAGCCGGCCGGUCACACCCAACCGCCGCCCCCCUCGUCAGCGGGAGCCAUGACCUACGACCCAAGCUCCACCCACUUCCUGAACCAGCACCUGAUUGGUCCACAGCUGGCCUUUUACGACCCUGUGAGACAAUACUACCACAUCUACGACAACUACGCCUUCUGCUCGCGGUGCAGUCAGCGGCAGCUGGCGGCGGCGCUCAACAAGGACUGUCAGUUUGGGUUCUCAGCAGAGACCGGGGAGGAGGAGCCCGCUGACCUGGAGGGAAACAUCACCUACGACCAGCUGGAUGACGCCAACGAGGCCGUGUUCCCCCCGCUGCCGGGCCAGGCUGUGGCUCCUCCUCCCAAGCUGGGAGUCCCUCCGCCUUCUCCCCCUCCUCCCCCUGCCUAUUGGGUACAGCGAGGUCCCGGGCCCCUCCCCCCCACCCCUCCACCUCGGAAGCCCCCUGUGACAUCAUCAGAAGAGGACCAGGAGGACGCCAGCACAGUGGAGGACCAGAAUCCAGGUUUCCAGAGUCCUGUGGUGUCCACUGCUGCAGAGCCUGUCACCAGUCUGGCUGUUGAGGAAGGUGGUGCUGCUGAGUCACCAACAGACGGCCAGCAGAAAAUGGAAGUGCAGCACAGUUAUUGUGCGGACAACUGUUCUGCAAAAAAAAGGUGGUCAAGCCGUCAGCCAUCAUCAGCCCUUGUCCCUCCUCUUCCUCCUUCUCACCCUCCUCCUCCUCAUCUCACACUCCUCUGGCCUCACACCUCCCAGUGCCAGCACACAACCAGCCACGCACAGUUGCCAUGGCGAUGCCAGCCACGCCUCCCUGGUUGGUUAAUGAGUUGGGCGAGCCUCUGUGCACCGUGGUGGCUCCGCCCUCUUACUCCUACCACCCCAACGGCAGCGACUUACCCGGAGAAGAGAGACUACAUGGAGUUUGCAGCCAGGCAGUACUUCCUGGGAGACAAGUGUCAGUGGUGCCACCAGAACUGCUGGCAGCUGGCCUACGCACCCCCCUCACCUGAGGCGCCCUACACCUACCAGGCCUACCCCCACUACCACGCCCCCCCCACCCAGGAUGCAUCGCUCCACGAUCCAGGUUUCCAGAGUCCUGUGGUGUCCACUGCUGCAGAGCCUGUCACCAGUCUGGCUGUUGAGGAAGGUGGUGCUGCUGAGUCACCAACAGACGGCCAGAAGGGCCAGGCUGUGGCUCCUCCUCCCAAGCUGGGAGCCCCUCCGCCUCCUCCCCCUGCCUCCUCCUAUUGGGUCCAGCGAGGUCCCGGGCCCCUCCCCCCCACCAGCACAGUGGAGGACCAGACUGAUUACUCAGAGUUCUACAUCUACAAAGCUCAGGAUCCAGGUUUCCAGAGUCCUGUGGUGUCCACUGCUGCAGAGCCUGUCACCAGUCUGGCUGUUGAGGAAGGUGGUGCUGCUGAGUCACCAACAGACGGCCAGAAGGGCCAGGCUGUGGCUCCUCCUCCCAAGCUGGGAGCCCCUCCGCCUCCUCCCCCUGCCUCCUCCUAUUGGGUCCAGCGAGGUCCCGGGCCCCUCCCCCCCACCAGCACAGUGGAGGACCAGAAUCCAGGUUUCCAGAGUCCUGUGGUGUCCACUGCUGCAGAGCCUGUCACCAGUCUGGCUGUUGAGGAAGGUGGUGCUGCUGAGUCACCAACAGACGGCCAGAAGGGCCAGGCUGUGGCUCCUCCUCCCAAGCUGGGAGCCCCUCCGCCUCCUCCCCCUGCCUCCUCCUAUUGGGUCCAGCGAGGUCCCGGGCCCCUCCCCCCCACCAGCACAGUGGAGGACCAGAAUCCAGGUUUCCAGAGUCCUGUGGUGUCCACUGCUGCAGAGCCUGUCACCAGUCUGGCUGUUGAGGAAGGUGGUGCUGCUGAGUCACCAACAGACGGCCAGCAGGGCCAGGCUGUGGCUCCUCCUCCCAAGCUGGGAGCCCCUCCGCCUCCUCCCCCUGCCUCCUCCUAUUGGGUCCAGCGAGGUCCCGGGCCCCUCCCCCCCACCAGCACAGUGGAGGACCAGAAUCCAGGUUUCCAGAGUCCUGUGGUGUCCACUGCUGCAGAGCCUGUCACCAGUCUGGCUGUUGAGGAAGGUGGUGCUGCUGAGUCACCAACAGACGGCCAGAAGGGCCAGGCUGUGGCUCCUCCUCCCAAGCUGGGAGCCCCUCCGCCUCCUCCCCCUGCCUCCUCCUAUUGGGUCCAGCGAGGUCCCGGGCCCCUCCCCCCCACCAGCACAGUGGAGGACCAGACUGAUUACUCAGAGUUCUACAUCUACAAAGCUCAGGAUCCAGGUUUCCAGAGUCCUGUGGUGUCCACUGCUGCAGAGCCUGUCACCAGUCUGGCUGUUGAGGAAGGUGGUGCUGCUGAGUCACCAACAGACGGCCAGAAGAAAAUGGAAGUGCAGCACAGUUAUUGUGCGGACAACUGUUCUGCAAAAAAAAGGUGGUCAAGCCGUCAGCCGUCAUCUGCUUUUGUCCCUCCUCUUCCUCCUUCUCACCCUCCUCCUCCUCAUCUCACACUCCUCUGGCCUCACACCUCCCAGUGCCAGCACACAGCCAGCCACGCACAGUUGCCAUGGCGAUGCCAGCCACGCCUCCCUGGUUGGUUAAUGAGUUGGGCGAGCCUCUGUGCACCGUGGUGGCUCCGCCCUCUUACUCCUACCACCCCAACGGCAGCGACUUACCCGGAGAGCUGCAGAAGAGAGACUACAUGGAGUUUGCAGCCAGGCAGUACUUCCUGGGAGACAAGUGUCAGUGGUGCCACCAGAGCUGCUGGCAGCUGGCCUACGCACCCCCCUCACCUGAGGCGCCCUACACCUACCAGGCCUACCCCCACUACCACGCCCCCCCCACCCAGGAUGCAUCGCUCCACGGCCCCGCCCUCUCCCUGGAAGUCUCCUCCCCCACCUCCUCCUUCAUCAGUCGUGUGCCUACAGGCUCCGCCCCCCCGCCACUCCUCUACCCGGAGCAGCCCCUCCCCCCUCCCCCCUCUGUCCUGCACCUCCCAUAUGAAGCCCCGCCUCCACUCUACCUCCCUGCCCCCUCUCCUCUUCCUCCUCCUCACCCCCACUUCCCCCAUCACUCCUCCUACCACACUUACCUCCCCCCUGCCCCCCUCCCCCCUGCGUUCCCACCAGGAGGCCCUGACCACGGGACCCACCCACGGGUCUACCAGCCCGCCACUAACCCCACCCACAUGGUUGGUUACAUCACAGCCCCGCCCCCUCACCACUCAGCCACUCACUACCUUCCACCGAGCAUGUGACCCUGCUAGCAUGUGCAGAAACAUGCUAACGCUGUUAUUUAGCUGUCAGCCAAUCAGAGAGGGGGCUGGGCUGUGCAGGCGUGGCCUAAUCCUGUGUUUGUUCAUGGAAAAUAUUUCUGUUCAGUAUUCAAACGGGUGAUGGUGUGCUUUGUUUUUGCUUGAAUAAAGAGUUGUGUUUCCCCGAGC